AUGCCUCCCAAGAAGCAAGUUCAAGAAGAGAAAAUUCUCCUGGGCAGGCCCGGUAACAACCUCAAGAGUGGAAUCGUCGGCCUCGCCAAUGUGGGAAAGUCAACGCUAUUCCAGGCCAUCACCAAAUCCGGCCUCGGUAACCCGGCUAACUUCCCGUACGCCACUAUCGACCCUGAAGAAGCUCGCGUAAUCGUCCCUGACGAGCGUUUCGACUGGCUGUGCGAGAAGUUCAAGCCCAAGUCCAAGGUCCCCGCCAACCUCACUGUCUAUGACAUUGCCGGUUUGACCCGUGGUGCCUCGACCGGUGCCGGUCUUGGAAAUGCCUUCUUGUCCCAUAUCCGGGCAGUCGAUGCCAUUUUCCAGGUCGUGCGCUGCUUCGAUGACGCGGAAAUCAUCCACGUCGAGGGCGACGUCAACCCCACCCGCGAUCUUGACAUCAUCGCCGAGGAGCUCCGACUCAAGGAUAUCGAGUUCGUCGAAAAGGCGCUCGAGAACCAGAAGAGGAAGACUCGCGUGGGAGGCCAGAGCCUCGAGGUCAAGAAGGCCAAGGAGGAGGAAGCCACUAUCGAAAAGAUUCUCGCCUUGCUCAACGAUAACAAGGACGUCAGGAAGGGUGACUGGGCCCCCAAGGAGGUCGAGGUCAUCAACACGCUACAGCUUCUCACGGCCAAGCCCGUUGUUUACCUUGUCAACCUCUCAGAGAAGGACUUUGUCCGCAAGAAGAACAAGCACUUGGGUAAGAUUCUGGAGUGGAUCAACGCGAACGCAAAGGGCGAUCCUAUCAUCCCCAUCUCUGUCUCCUAUGAGGAGCGCCUCACCCGGUACGAGACCGAGGCCGAGGCCCUCGAGGAGCAGAAGAAUGUUGGCGCUGAGUCUUCCAUUGGCAAACUCAUCACCACCAUGAGGAAGGUCCUCAACCUUGGAAGCUUCUUCACUGCCGCUGGUGUCAUCCACACCGACUUUGAAAAGACCUUCAUCCAGGCCAUCGUCUACAACUUCACGGUGCUCAAAGAACUUGGUGGUGACGAGGCGGAAGUCAGGGCUAAGGGUAAAAUGAUGACAAAGGGCAAGGAUUACGUUGUAGAAGACGGAGAUAUCCUGCUCAUCAAGGCGGGUGCUGCCAAGAGCUAG